GCCUUCAUUUUCAUUCCGUGCUUUCCUGCCUCGUGUCUCUGCUUUGCAGUUGUUGAUGAACGUUCCGUGGCGGUCUGGGAAUUUUAAUUUUAGCGAGAAGUUAGUUUAUUUGAUUGUUCAGUCAGUGUUAUUAAUUGUCACAUCCAUCCCGAAAGUCAAGUAAAUUGCACGAAUAUGGGGGACCAAAAUUUGAUUGACAAGUCUAUGAGAUCGGUGUUUGUUGGGAAUAUUCCGUACGAGGCAACUGAAGAGAAGUUAAAAGAUAUCUUCAGUGAAGUUGGUCCAGUAUUAUCAUUCAAAUUAGUGUUUGAUCGAGAGACUGGUAAGCCAAAGGGCUACGGGUUCUGUGAAUACAAGGAUACGGAAACUGCUUUGAGUGCCAUGAGAAAUCUUAAUGGUUACGAAAUAGGAGGUCGUACUUUGCGAGUUGAUAAUGCAUGUACCGAGAAAUCAAGACUUGAGAUGCAAACACUUCUUCAGUCAACACCUGUGGAAAGCCCUUACGGAGAACCAAUCAAUUCUGAUAAAGCUCCAGAUGCAAUUUGCAAAACCAUUGCUUCAAUGCCUCCAGAACAAAUGUUUGAGUUAAUGAAACAGAUGAAAGAAUGUAUUCAGAAUAAUCCCAAUGAAGCCCGCUCAAUGCUUUUGCAAAACCCUCAGCUAUCCUAUGCUAUACUUCAAGGAUUAGUUGUAAUGAGAGUUGUUGAUCCAUCUGUAGCAGUGAGUAUGCUGCAUAAGGCCAAUCCAACUCCAGUGCCACUUUAUCCAUCAGACAAACCAAUGACAGUGCCAUUAUCCACUCCUGCAUCUGCACCAACUGUGGGCACUGGCAGUUCUGUUCCAGCAGCUCCUCAACCAGUCAUUCUUCCCACCGAGAACUGGGUUGGCACACUGCCACCCUCUGCGCCACUUCCAACUUCAGCACCAAGACCUGCAGCCCCAUCUGGUUUCAUGGGUAUUCAAGAUAUGGAUAUGCGUCAACCUGUUGACCCUCGCAUGGGCCGCAUUCCUGAUCAGGACCUUCGUAUCCCUCCAUCAGCUCAGGCAGUUCCAGGGAUGCCUGUUCACCCUUCUCUUGGAAGGGAUAGUUUCCCUGCUGAUCCGUAUUCAGCCUCUCGUGAUCCUCGUGAUCCUCGCAUGGGCGUGGGAGGAGAUCGAUUCCCGUCACGUGAUCCACGGGACUCACGAGAUCCUAGGGAUAUUCGUGACAUAAGGGACCCAAGAGAAAUAAGGGAUCCAAGAGAUCCGAGAGAUAUGAGAGAUCCAAGAGAUCAGCGUGACUCACGUGAUCCCAGAGAUUCAAGGGAUCCUAGGGAUUCAAGAGAUCCGAGAGAUCCCAGAGAUCGAGUUGAUCCAAGAACUGGAGUCAACCCUCUUCAACCCAACAUCAGACCACCUGUACUUGGAGGUCCUCCAUUGCCAGUGCCUAGACCAGUUGCUCCUCCUCUACUCGGCCCUGGUCCUCUGCUUGGAGCUCCAGGAGCAUCUGAUCAAGAGAAGGCUGCACUUAUAAUGCAGGUUUUGCAGUUAAGUGAUGAGCAGAUUGCUAUUCUUCCUCCCGAUCAACGGCAAAGUAUACUCUUACUUAAGGAGCAGAUUGCCAAAAGUGCACAGCGUUAAUUAUGUCUUUGCACCCAUUUUUUUUUUUUUAAACUAUAAGGAUCAGAUAAAUCUGAGCACCAUAUUUGUGAAGAUUUUCACUUCACACUUGUUUGAAUGUAAAGUUUUCACAUCGUGCGCCUGAAUAAAAUCCUCAUCUACUUUGA